AUUCAUCCCGUAUUCAACGAAGCCAUCCUCUCACCAUACCACGCUCCCAAAUUCCUCAAUCAACCGAUUUCCUCGCGACCACCACCCGAGAUUGUGGAAGGAAUAGACGAAUACGAAGUAGAGAGUAUAAUCGCUUCCAGACCGACUAAACUGAAAGGUAGUAAGCUCGACUACCUAAUUCACUGGCAUGGUUAUCCAGUCUCCGAACGCACUUGA